CCCGCGAGUUACUGACGAGGCCCUCCCGGGAGCGCGGCGGGAGGACCGCACCCCCUUUUAAACUGAGCCCCGGGCGCCGAGGGGUGCUGUUGGUUGGCUGUACUCAGCGACACUCCCCGGGGCGGAGCAGGGGUUCACACCGCUCUCCGAGCCCAACCCAGCCGCUCCACCGCAACGCCCUCCUUGGUGUCCUCGGCUGACCCUCCUCUCGGGGUUGGGUCCCCAUGGCCGCCGCGAAAACGGCGCGCUGUGAUGCACAUUUCAGGCCAGAAAAACUGAAAGAAUGGCCGGAGCCUGACUCAGUUUCUUUAAUGGAGGCAUUAGCUAGAGAAGACAUUGAUGAAGCUGUACAUGCAAUAUUAUUUAGAGAAAAUUAUGUUGUGAAGAAAUUGGAUAUGUAUUUUCACCAUCUGGAUAUUUUUAAGGAAAGAAGAAAGGAGAUGUUACAUAAAAAAUGGAUUCAAAAUGUUGCAGAGCCUCUUCAGCAGAGAAUUAUGGAAAAAGUAAUUUCAUAUAGAGGGUUGGAAAAAACGAAACAAGAGAAUUUUAAAUAUUUUUUAAAGCACGCAAAUAAAACGGAAAUGAUUGGAGACCUGUGUGAUCCUGAGGUAUACAAUCCUUUUUAUAUGAUGAAAAAGGACCCAAAUUAUGGAAAGGUUACAGUCCCACCGUUUUAUGAUCCUCUGUUUAGAAGACAGCAAGAGAUGGAUGAAGAGAAGAGAGCUAUUUUUCAAUACAAGACAGGAAAACGAUAUACCUUAAAAGAAUUUAAAGAACUAGAGAAGGCCAGGCUGUAUGCCAAAUUGCCACAGUUCACUUUCACUCUGCACAGUGUGAUUCCAAAAGAACGGCACAAAGCCUCUGCGAGACCUGUGAGAGGGAGGGCCCGUGGGGGAUGCAGUCCUGAAAAGCUUAUCUGUGCAGAAAAGAAAUAUCUGCCUGAUAAAGAGAAAAAGACCACCGACCUAAGUCAGGUUGUUUUUGAAAGGCAGUUUCAUUGCUCGAAGCUCAGCCAGGGGAAUAACAGGAAGGAAAAGAAGGAUCUGGUUUUAGGAACCAGAAGGAACAGACCCCAAUCCUGGGCAGCUGGAGAAGGCCGGCACAGAAGGGGGCCCCAGCCUAUGGAGAGAAGAGUGAUGACAGCAGAGGUCCUGGCGCAGCACCUGGCCGCCCUGCAGCUGGGGGUCCAGCGGGACAGCCGGAACUGCAUCAGCUAAGUGGAAAGAUAUUGCAAGAAAUAUCCAGAUAAUAAUAGUUGCUGUUUAUCGAGCACCUGCUGUGAACCAGGAACUGCGUGAGGUAUCUUAUAUUCAUUUAAAGGUUUUUCACAGCAAGAUAGUAUUUCUCUCAAAACAUGAAGCUCAGAGAGGUUCAGUGGCUUGCUCAAGGUCAACUGCAUGGCUUGAAAGUGCAGCGUUCUGUUCCAAGUCCAGUCCCUCUGGUCCCAAAGCACACGUUCAUUCUCUCUGCUCACCUCCACCCAGACUUGGUGAUGUCAGUCACGCUGCUCAGAAUUUGGGUCCUCUUUCCAAGACCGGACUUAGCCCGCUCGCCUGCCUCGGCACCCUCACCCUGACGAGCGCUGAAGGGGCUCGCUGGGCCUUCCUCACGGCUGCUCAGUCCUUCCCUGUGGAUGUGUGAGUAUUCUCAGGGUGCAUCCUCCUCUCCCCUCCCCAUGCCCUUCAGAAAAUCAGGAGAGAACUUGAUUUCUUAAGGGCAGAGCUGCGUUCCUAGGGCAGAGGGGGUGACUGAAGUUGCUGGGGGUGCUGACAUUGAGUUUCCUCUAUAGUUUUGUAGAAGUCUGACUCACAUCCCCCAGGCUCCUCUGUCCUAACUCUGAAAAGAGUCUGAUGUAUCUAGACGUAGAGAAAUGGCACGAGCCACAGUUCAUCCCAGUGAGAGAUCAAGUCCCCACUGUCCUGGGGAAAGGGUUAUUCUGUAGCUAUGGUCACAAAUAACCCCAGAGCUGGCUUUAGACCUGCCUGACGCAUCAGUAACAGCCUGUUGCUUUGGAAGUCAGCCAGUCAGAGGCAGCGUUGUUGGACAUCACCCUACAUCCGCCUCCAUAACCAACACAAAAUUCGUUUCCCAAACCCUACAGAAGAUCAGCAGUUUGCUUUACUCAGCAAGGCCGUGCCUGAGCAGCCAAACUUUCCCUUAAUUAAGCAACAGAGUCAGUUUUGGUUUCGGAUACAGAGUGGUGUCUUCCUUCAACACAGGCAUACUUCUCUUAUGUGUAUGUUGUAACCAAUCCAGGCCCAGGAUCAACGCCUGAAAUGAUUAAGUGAUGGGUUUUUAAAAAUAUGAAUAUUCUGAAUUAUGUUUCCCGGCUCUUCUUUGUCCAGUGAUUAGAGUUCAAUGGCAAUGGGAGCUGUGGUGGAGGGACAUUUGGAUCCUUCCUGCUCCUCCAGCUCCUUGAGAGGACCUGCUCCCUGAGAAAUCAGGGCUCCCGUGGCCUCAGCAAUCCCUUCUAGAAGACAGAUCUUUUUCCCAGUUAUACUUAUUAACCUAGGGUUUAGUGUAUAAGACCUUAUUUUUAAAACAAAUUUCAUACUUCAAAAUCCAGAAGCCAAACAAGCCGCUCUGACAGGUGUGGCUGUGGCUCUGACAGCACUGGGCGGGGGGAGAGACAGGUGCUUCUGGAGCUGGAGGGGCUGAGGGCCUGCCGAUGAUGCUUAAUACUUGAGCAUUUCCUUUACUCCUAAGUUACCCCUGAAGUUUCUACUCAACUAGGCAAGCAGAAGGACUCAAAGGGUCUGGUCUAGCGCCCACAGAGGUCAUUUAGUCUAGCCAUCAAAGAAACAUUAGGUAAAUGUAACAGAGUCGCAGAGCAAGUCAAUGUUAGAGUCAAGACAAGGCCCUGGGGUCUCCUGGACGCUCCCCAUCC